UAACAAAUUAACUUUUCUUUGAAGAUUCCAGUUACAUCUGGUAUUCCUGGUCUUCAACUUAGUCCACAAGAUCUCCAACAGCUUCAACAACAUCUGCAGCAGCAUCAGCAAAAUUUGCAGAGCAUGCAGCAAUUUGUAUUUCUCCAGCCGGGCCAAUUACCAGCAAAUGUUCAAGCUCAGUUAUUUCUCCAGAGUCAGGGAUUGUUGCAGCAGGGUUUGAUGCAACAAAGUCUUCAAAAUCUUCAGCUUCAGGCAAGCCAGUUACCUCAGGGAGUUCUUUCGACACAGGCUGCGGCUGCUGCCGCCACAGUUGCCGCUGCUGCUGCCGCCCAGCAACAGCUUCAGCAACUCCAGCAACAGCAGCAACAAAAACAAAAACAGCAACAACAACAACAACAAGCUCAGACACAAUCACAGACACCAUCACAACCACCUCCGCCAUCUCAGUUACCACCACCAUCCACACCUACACAAAAGGCUGUUGUUACACAUCAUGUUAAAUCCAGGUCUUGUGAACCAAGUCCUGAAGAAAUGACCGACUUGGAAGAACUGGAACAAUUUGCAAAAACCUUUAAACAGAGAAGGAUAAAAUUAGGUAUGAUUUCAUAUAAAAUAUCAUUCGUACUAGAGUAAAAAAAUUAGUUUGAACAGAUUGUUUAAAUGUUUGUAAAGGUAUAAAUUAUACACGUGUGUGUGUGUGUGCAUGUUUGUAUAUAAUUUAUACCUUUAUGCUGUAUUUAGUUGAGACAUUUCUAAUUUAUUCAUUGAUUA